CUCGAGGUCUAUUCUAGUAUCUUUGCAUAGCUGGGGGUUGUGCAGUUCUAGUUAGGUGUUUCAUCGAUAUUUUCCCGAUAUGGACAAGAUUUUGUCGCUGGUGCUGCUAAUUGGAGCAGUUUCAGUUAGGACCGAGCCUCCAGUAAAUUCUUAUCUUCCGCCACAAAAUGGUGCCCCAAGCCCAAAUUACGGUCCACCAGGAUAUCAACCCGGAACACCAAUAGGAAAUGGUAAUGGUAAUGGAAAGUUGAACGGCAACGGUAACGGUAAUGGAAAUGGUGGAAAUGGAGCAAGUAAUGGCUACCAUACUAAUAGUGACCAAUUACCAGGAACAAGUUAUCUUCCUCCGACAAAUGGUAAUGGAAAUGGCUAUGCCAAUGGUAAUGGAAAUGGCUAUGCAAAUGGUAAUGGAAAUGGCAGAGUAAACGGUAACGGUAAUGGUAAUGGCAACGGUGGAUAUAGAAAUGGCUUGCCAACCCCAUUAUACGGCGCUCCUUCAAAUGGAAACGGUAAUGGCAAUGGUAACGGUAAUGGAAACGGUAACGGUAAUGGUAAUGGCAGACCAGGUUCCGCUUACUUACCUCCAGUGAAUGGAAAUGGUAACGGCAAUGGUAAUGGAAACGGUAAUGGCAGACCAGGUUCAGCUUACUUACCUCCAGUGAAUGGUAAUGGCAACGGUAGACCCAGUUCCACAUAUGGUGUUCCUACAAAUGGUAAUGGUGGAAAUGGAAAAAGUAAUGGUAACGGUAAACUCAGCUCAACGUACGGAGCACCAAUCAAUGGCAAUGGUUUAAACGGAAAUGGUAAUGGUAGACCCAGUUCGACAUAUGGGGCUCCUACAAAUGGUAACGGAGGAAAUGGAAACGGUAAUGGUAACGGGAGACCAGGAUCUGCAUAUUUACCUCCAGCGAAUGGCAACGGAAACGGCAAUGGUAAUGGUAUACCUAGUUCGACGUAUGGAGUACCUACCAACGGUAAUGGUUUGAACGGAAACGGCAAUGGUAGGCCAAGCUCCACAUAUGGUGCUCCUUUAAAUGGCAAUGGAGGAAAUGGAAACGGUAAUGGAAAUGGUCUACCGAGUUCAACAUAUGGAGCUCCCACCAACGGCAAUGGCGGAAAUGGAAAUGGUAACGGCAGACCUAGUUCAGUUUAUGGAGCACCCACUAACGGUAAUGGGGGAAACGGCAACGGUAAUGGGUUGCCAAAGCCUGUUUAUGGACCACCAACUAAUGGUAAUGGUAAUGGCUAUUCCAACGGUAAUGGUAAUGGUUAUGCAAAUGGGAAUGGAAAUGGUAAUGGAAACGGGCAUGUAAACGGAAAUGGAAAUGGUAAUGGUAGACCCAGUUCUACAUAUGGAGUUCCCACAAAUGGUAAUGGUGGCAAUGGAAAUGGUAACGGCAAUGGAAGACCGAGCUCAACAUAUGGAGUUCCCACAAAUGGCAACGGUGGAAAUGGAAAUGGCAACGGGAGACCAGGACCAGCAUAUUCACCUCCAUCAAAUGGCAACGGAAACGGCAAUGGUAAUGGUUUGAACGGAAACGGAAAUGGCAGACCCAGCUCUACAUAUGGAGUUCCCACAAAUGGAAAUGGAGGAAAUGGAAACGGUAAUGGUAAUGGCCGACCGAGUUCCACGUAUGGAGCUCCCAUCAAUGGCAAUGGUGGAAAUGGAAAUGGUAACGGCAAACCUAGUUCAGUUUAUGGAGCUCCCACUAACGGUAAUGGGGGAAACGGCAACGGUAAUGGGUUACCAAAACCUGUAUAUGGACCACCAACCAAUGGUAAUGGUAAUGGCAAUGGUUAUUCCAACGGUAAUGGUAAUGGUUAUGCAAAUGGAAAUGGUAAUGGAAACGGAUAUGCUAACGGAAAUGGUAAUGGAUAUGCCAACGGAAAUGGUAAUGGUAAUGGAUAUGCGAACGGAAACGGUAAUGGAUAUCCAAAUGGUAAUGGAGGAUAUCCUAGUGGUGGACCCAAUGGCGGAGAGGGAUUGAACGGGGGACCUGCCAAAUAUGAGUUCGAAUACGAAGUGAAGGACCCAGAAAGCGGAAACGAUUUCGGCCACAAAGAAUCCAGGGAUGGAGACUUAACAAUAGGCGAGUACUUUGUUUUGCUACCAGAUGGACAGAAGCAGACUGUGCAAUAUGAAGCUGACACUGACGGCUAUAAACCAAAGAUCAGUUACGAAGGUGGUAAUGGUAAUGGUGGAUACCCUAGUGGAAUACCAGCUAAUGGAAAUGGUUACCCCUCAAAUGGAAAUGGAAACGGGGGUUACCCGUCUAACGGCAAUGGAAACGGCAAUGGAAACGGGGGUUACCCAUCAAACGGCAAUGGAAAUGGAAACGGUGGUUACCCGUCAAAUGGUAAUGGUGGGAGUAAUGGAAAUGGUGGAUACAGAUAUUAGAUGCUCCAAAUUAUUAUUUUCCAACAUUGUACAAAAAUUGAAGAGUUUAUAUUGUGUGCGGAAUGGUUGAUGAGAAUGAAUCCAUUUUAAAUUUCAUAAUUCGAUGGGAAUUUGAAUAAUAUACGCUUAUUAUAUAGAUAGUAUUGGAACAUACAGUUUCUGUGUAAACGUUUAUAGUAGUCAGUAGGUAUUUUAAAUGUAUAAAAAAGGGAUAUCUUCAAAUGUCUCGUCCGUACUAUGCUUAUACUGAAAAGAAAUUACGAGUAAGCUACCGAAUGAAAGUAUUAUUUAUUGUAUUAUUUCUCAUACUACUGUAUAAAUAAGUAUAUAAGGUAAUUUAGGAGUAGGAAUUCAGAAUAUGAAUAUUUAUAGUUAGUUUGUAACGUUGACAACUGCAUUGCUCAUGGAACUCCGACUGAC